AUGCCUCGCGUGUGCUGGGGCGCUGAGCUCUCGGGGACGCGCUGCUGCCGAGUUGAGCUCGCCAUCCCGUACGAUCGCGUCCGAACGCUGGACAAAGACACGGCCAACAAGCUGCGCAUGACCAAGACGUGCGGCGUAUGGAGCGUCUGCGAGGGCGCGUUCGGCAGGUCCCCUUUUCGCCUAGCCAACAACACCAAGCGCUCCAACAUGAAGGACUGCAUCGGCCCGCCGAUGGCGCCGCGCUAUGUCUCUCGCUUCGUCUGCCGCUACAAUGGGUGCGGCAAGGACUACGUGUCGAUGGACGGCGUGCGUGCCCACUGCAGGAAGGAGCACCCGGCCUGGCUGAACAGCCUUCCUGCCCGCAAGCCGUCCCUCUUCUGCGAGCAGAAGCAGGUCGAGAUCGAUAUUGCGACCUCCACCGCCGCCGACUCGAUGGCGCCGGUCCCAGACGAGUAUCUGCACGAGGGCGAGGGCGGCGCACUCUUCGUCAAGUUCAAGGUGGUGCAACAGAUGGUGCCGCCCGCGAUGCCGCCAGGCAUGCUGCCGAUGCAGCUCUUGGUCGCUCAGCAGCUGGGCAUGCCCGGGAUGGCGCAGCAGCAUGUCUUCGUCCCUCCAGGCAUGUUGCCGCCACAGCAACUGCAACCUGUCGUGCUGCCGCCUCAGCAGACGCCGACAGGGAUGCAGGCCGUCGCGGGUGGGAUCGCGCAGCAGCCGCCGGAGCAGCCGCCGCAGCCGUACACGGGCGCCUCGUACAUUGGCAUGCUACACGAGGCGCAGGAGACAUGGACGGGCAUCACAGGCCUACUCCGCCUGCGGGACACAACAUCCGAUGGGCGGACGAGUCAAACUUUCCUGCGAGACGAGAUGGGAUCUUGCAGACUCGUUGCCUCAUGCCUGCCUAAGCCUAAGAGAGAGGUCGCAUUUCUGUCCACACUUGCACUGACAAUUACAAAAAGGCGCGCGGUUGUGGGCUUGUGGCGCGCGCCGCGCGCUGGGCUCGAGCGCCGCAGCGGGAGUGCAGUGAGUGGCUUCUUCGUCCUCGGCGUCGUCUUUGCCGCUCGCGUACCCGACGGCACGAAGCGCGACUGCUCCGCCUCCUUGCCGCCCUCGCCGCCAGCCACGCCAGCGUCGCUGCCCUUUGCGCGGCGCUCGUGGCAGCUGCCGGCGCUCACGCCGAUCCAGGUCUCGCUCGCCCUCGUGGUGGCGUGCGUCGCCUUCCUGACCGAGCUCUACACCAACCCGGUUCUCCUUUUCACUACCGCGGCGGGCUUCGCGACGAUGGCCGUCGCCAACUUGGCUCAGACCUCGCCUCGCUUUGUCGCGCGCGCGAUGACGUUGGUGGCCGUCUGUGCCCCGACUCUGCGUCUCAUCCAAGUCCUGGUCAGCUCCCCGGCGGAUGUGAUCGACGACCUCGACAGACAAGUAAACGGGAGGCUGGGCGUACUGAUGCUCGCUGCAGGGGCCGGCGCCUCCUUCGGCGCGCUGCUACCCACUACCCUGUGUUCCACCCAUAAGCUGCUAACAGCGGCAUACUUUGCUUGCGCGGUGACGUGCAAUGCCUUCACCGUCCGUGUUCGUACGGGCGACGACCGCAUGCCCUCCUUUCAAAUAGUGCACGGCGUCGUCCCCUUUGUCGUGUCCUUCCUCACGGCUCUGGCUACCUCGGGCAGCAACCUCGAGCAAAAGAAGUUCCGCCGUCUGCCACUCGCUGGCGGGAGGCUGCGGGGCUGCGACGCGCGCGCCUGCGCCGCUGAAUGGUGA